AGGAAAGUGAAAGUUUUUACGAAUAACGCGAUGGAAUAACCAAGAGUUACUCAAUGGACCGCCUGUCUUCAGUUCUUGAACGGCAUAGCAUGUGUGUGUUCAAUGUUAGUAUGACAUAAACCUUUAUGAAGAGUGAUAUUCUAGUCAUCUGAAAAUGAAGCACUUAUUAAUAUUCUUUGCCUCUGCUUUAUGUGCCAAAAGCUUGCCAAUAGGAAGUAUAUCAGGUGAUGUCGAUAUAAAUCUGAAUCAUGUUGCUAAGAAUAUUCAGAUACCUACAAUUAGUCCAAAGGCAUUCACUGUUUUACCCGGGUUUCCCAACUCUGGCAGGACAAGAGCUGUCUUAGAACAAGAGACACUAUUAAGUCAGGUUGAUUCGAAAUACACCAACCUUCAACAAGCAGUUGCCAAUAUCUACAACCCCAAACCAGUAGUUGACACCAUAAGUGAAGAGGAUAAGUAUGGAAAUGAUGGUGAAAAAUUCAAAUCUGUUGGAAGGGUGCUUGUCAAUGGUUACGAAAGCUUUUCGAACUUCCUUAAUGCCCUGUUUGAAAUUCCCAUGGAAAAAGCAAAGCAGAUUGGCAAACAGAUUACAGCAAACCUCAAUGCCAUUGGUGGAAAAUUAGUUGGCCUUUGAAAAAGACGAAAAAUUUGGAAUCAGUUUGUUCAAAUUAAUGAAUAUUUUUACAUUAAGUGAUGUGUUAUGUUUAUAGUUAUCCAGUGAUUUGAAUAGCUAGAUUAGGAUAAGGUUCAAGACAGUGCGAUUACUUGAAAUAAAAAUGAUUUUUAUUUUAUUUUUAUAAA